UAACUACUCUGCUAACUCUGCAUCCCAAUAUCCUACCCCACUCUGACCCGACCCGUUUAAAUCUCUCUCUCUCCCCCGGUCCCUCCCUGUCUCUUUCUUCUCUCUCCUCGAUCUCUCUCGCCAUAGCAGACUCGAAGGUACUAAGAUAUACAGUAUACAGCAAGAAUGGAUUUAGUUUCCAAGUACCAGGGGUACGUUGGACGUGUCUUUGGAAAUGAGAACUCGGGUUCGAGUGAAGAUAGUUAUAUCGAACGCUUACUUGACCGGAUAAGCAAUGGUGUACUGGCUGAGGAUAGGAGGGCUGCUAUGGCUGAACUGCAAUCUGCUGUGCCUGAAAGUCAAGCUGCACAGUUGGCUUUUGGGGCAAUGGGCUUUCCAAUACUUUUAAGCGUCUUAAAAGAGGAACGCGAUGAUCUUGAAUUGGUUCGUGGAGCUCUGGAAACUCUUCUGGGUGCCUUAACUCCAAUUGCUCAUAGCAGAGGUCCAAAAAAUGAGGUUCAACCAGCUCUAAUGAAUAGCGAUUUGCUUUCUAGAGAAGUAGACAGCAUAUCUCUUCUUUUAAGCUUGUUGUCGGACGAGGAUUUCUAUGUGCGCUACUUUACAAUUCAGCUGUUAACAGCACUUCUAACAAACUCUCCUAGUAGGCUGCAAGAAGCCAUUCUCACCAUUCCUCGUGGUAUUACACGGCUUAUGGAUAUGCUCAUGGAUCGUGAGGUUAUAAGAAAUGAGGCUUUGUUACUCCUGACUUACUUGACCCGCGAAGCUGAGGAAAUUCAAAAAAUAGUGGUUUUUGAAGGUGCUUUUGAGAAGAUUUUUAGCAUUGUCAAAGAGGAAGGAGGUUCAGAAGGAGGUGUAGUUGUUCAGGACUGUCUUGAGUUGUUGAACAAUCUCCUGCGUAAUAAUGCAUCUAAUCAGGUACUGCUUAGAGAAACAAUGGGCUUGGACCCUUUAAUGUCAAUUCUCCGAGGAACCACCUACAAGUUUACUCAACAAAAGACAAUAAAUAUACUCAGUGUUCUGGAAACGAUUCAUUUGCUCAUGAUUGGAGGUCGAGAAGCAGAUCCUGGCAAGGAAAAAAAUAGCCUGACUAACAAAACAGUCUUGGUUCAGAAAAAGGUUUUGGACCAUUUGUUGAUGUUGGGAGUUGAAAACCAAUGGGCCCCUGUACCAGUGCGUUGCAUGGCACUGCAAUGCAUUGGAGACCUGAUUGCCGGUCAUCCUCAAAAUCGUGACUCUCUUGCAAGUAAAGUUCUUGGUGAGGAACCACAUGUGGAGCCAGCUCUGAAUUCUAUACUCAGGAUUAUCUUACGCACUUCUAGUGUCCAAGAGUUUGUAUCUGCAGACUAUGUUUUUAAGAGCUUUUGUGAGAAAAAUCCUGAUGGUCAGACAAUGUUGGCAUCAACGCUAAUACCACAGCCGCAACUGAUGACUCAUGCGCCCUUUGAAGACGAUGUUCACAUGUCAUUUGGAAGCAUGCUGUUACAUGGUCUUACAAUGAGUGAAAGCAAUGGUGAUCUUGAGACUUGCUGCAGAGCUGCUAGUGUGCUUUCUCAUGUCCUCAAGGAUAAUAUGGAAUGCAAAGAAAGGGUCCUUAAAAUUAAACUUGAAGCUCCAAUGCCCUCAUUAGGAGGUCCCGAGCCUUUAAUGCACCGUAUGGUGAAGUACCUUGCUCUUUCCUCUUCUAUGAAUGGUAACGAUGGAAAAUCAAGUGGGUCUGGCAAUGCCUAUGUCCAACCAUUUAUCUUGAAGCUACUAGUUAUUUGGCUUUCUAGUUGUCCAAAUGCAGUGCAGUGCUUCCUUGAUUCACGCCCUCAUCUAACCUAUUUGCUUGAGUUGGUUUCAAAUCGAGCCAUGACUGUCUGUGUUAGGGGAUUGGCUGCAGUGCUCUUGGGGGAAUGUGUAAUAUUCAAUAAAUCUAAUGACAGUGGAAGGGAUGCUUUGAGCAUAGCUGAUGCCGUAAGCCAGAAAAUUGGGUUAACAUCAUAUUUUCUUAAAUUUGACGAAAUGCAGAAAAGCCUAUUGUUUACAUCUGCCAAGCCAACCCUGUCCCGCAAACAGUUAACCAGAUCUAGUGCUGCUAGCAUGGCAGAGAUUGAAGAUGUUGAUGAAAAUGAGGCAAUUGAUCUGAAAAAUGAUCAUGCUAUGCUGGUUUCUACAUUGGAUUCUCAGUUUGUCAACUUUCUGAAGCAUUUGGAGGGUGAAAUCAGAGAAAAGACUGUAGAAAUCUACAGCCAUCCAAAGAGCCAGGUGGCAGUGGUGCCAGCCGAACUAGAACAGAGAAAUGGAGAAGCUGAUGGUGACUAUAUUAAGCGGCUAAAGACAUUUGUUGAGAAACAAUGCCUCGAGAUACAGGACCUUCUAAGUCGAAAUGCAACUUUGGCGGAGGAUCUUGCAAGGACAGGUGGGAAUGGCUCAUCGGAGCUUGAGCAUAGACCUAGCGCCGGAGCAGAAAGAGUCCAUGUUGAGGCACUUAGAAGAGACCUUCAUGAGGCUUCUCAACGACUUGAGAUGCUCAAGGCAGAGAAAACCAAGAUUGAGUCUGAGGCUUCCAUGUACCGAAAUUUAGCCGGUAAGAUGGAAGCCGAUCUGAAAAGCUUAUCCGAUGCAUACAACAGCUUGGAGCAGACAAACUUCCAUUUGGAGAGGGAAGUAAAAGCUCUAAGUAGUGGUGGAGCUGUCCCCAUCCCAGAUGUGGAGACACUGAAAGCAGAAGCAAGAGAGGAAGCUCAAAAGGAGAGUGAAGCUGAAUUAAACGAUUUGUUUGUCUGUCUUGGACAGGAGCAGAGCAAGGUAGAGAGACUUAGUGCAAGAUUAAUGGAAUUGGGUGAGGAUGUUGGAAAACUGCUUGAAGACAUUGGGGACGAUCCAGGACUUCCUGAAGAUGAAGAAGAUGAAGAUUGAUCAUGGUUUUCGCAUUUUCGGUUUUAGGUUGUUUUUUAGUCUCUCCCUCUCUGUCUCUUUCACAGGGAUGUCAUUUGGACUACUUGUAUAUCUUUGGUGGAAUGUACAGUACGGUGUUUUUUUUUUCCUUCCUUUGAUGAUGAUGGAACUCGGCCUUUUUUUUCCCCUU